UGCGAUCGCUACAAAAGCCAUGAAGUCGUUAGUUCUGUGUGUCGUGAUGGCAGUGGCAGUGGCCGCAAUACCCGUUCCGCAGCGAGAGGGCGCCGCCUACACCAAAGAGGCUAUCAAGCAGGCACAGAACACAUACCUCAUUCCCAAGGAUGCGGUAAUACAAAAGGUCGAAGAAGGUAUCGAAUUAGCCGCAUACGAGUCUAUCCCCGGAAACCAAAAGAUUAAUUUGUUUGAAAUCCUUGGAGAUCAGCUGCCGUCAGAAGUGAUAAACAACUUGCAGACCCAGGUCAACCACGUCGGUCAGCAGUAAACCUGCAAACUAGAAUAGGAGGCUACCGGCCACCAAUCACGAGGGAUUAUUAUCUCCAUGGCGUUGCAAUUUUCAAAGAAAGCUUAAUCGUUGUAGAAACACUUGACCUCUUGUUUGAUAGUCAUUAAAAGUGAUUGAAAAUGAGUAGUAUUCGUCUGUGAUCGGUGACUGGUAUCCUCGGAUGUUGACUAAUAUUUAAUUUAUUGGUGACGCAACUACUUGU